GUAUCAAACUUUAAAUCAAACUUUUUUGGUACCAAUCUUCUUUUCAGCAAAUUGGGAAUGUUCAAGUCAACCUCACCUCAUCAUUCAGUUUGGUCUUUCUUGUUCUUUGCACCACCUCAUUUCCCACUUACAAUUCCAUCUAACUAUUAGUAUUAGUACUAGCUUAUGAUACUUGUCUUGGUCUAUAUAUACUUGGAGUUUCUGAGAUCAAGAAAUUACUAAGCCUUGAGUACUAGCAUUUGAUGGGUGUGAGUAUGAAGGUGCAUCAUCAGUUUGCACGAGGAAUCAUCAAUGGCUGGGAUUAUCAGCAGCAGCAUGAGCCCUCGUCGUCGCUUACGCUUGGAUUCUGCAAGCGGUUGCGGCCUCUUAUGCCUAAGGAGCCGGUUGGUGGUGAUGGUGGUGGCGGAGAUGUUGGUUUUGAUCUCAAGAGUUUUAUUAGGCCGGAUUGUGGCUCGAGAAAAUCUGAUGUGUCUUCAUCAGAUGAGAAGAGAGAACCGCUUAACCAGACUCAUCCGGGAGGAACAAGGUGGAAUCCAACGCAAGAACAGAUAGGAAUCCUGGAGAUGCUGUACAGAGGAGGAAUGCGCACCCCUAACGCGCAACAAAUAGAGCAGAUCACAACACAGCUUGGAAAAUAUGGAAAGAUAGAAGGGAAGAAUGUGUUCUACUGGUUCCAGAAUCACAAAGCUCGCGAGAGGCAGAAGCAGAAGCGCAGCAGCCUCGGCCUCAGCCACAGCCCCCGGAGCUCUUCCACUUCAUUUAGCACCAUUACCUUAUCCACAAGGGGUGAUAACAAACAAGUACAAGAAAGUAGUCCAAUAUUGAAGAGGAAGUGCAGGGCAUGGUCAUUUGAAAAACUAGAAGAAGACAAGAGCUACAGUAGAAGAGAAGAUGAGGAGAGUGAUAAAAUUAACAAGACCCUUGAGCUGUUCCCAUUACAUCCAGAAGGCAGAAUCAUAAAUUAAGGGUGUAAUUUUAGAGAUAUCAUUCUUUUGGUCUCUCGUGACUCUAAUGAGUUUAAUAACUAAGAAGUGCUUGCUAUUUCUGUGACCCAGUUUAGACUGGUCAAUUUAUUAUGGUGUAGCUAAUUAGAUGUCUUUGUCUCUCUCUGUUUCUUAUAUAAUAAUAGUCCAGUAGCCUCAA